AUGAAGUACUCGGCUGUCGCCUGCGCUACCCUGAUUGCAGCCGUUGCUGCCCAGCCUCAUUACAGCGGCCCCGGAACCAGCAAACAUGCAAACAAGCACGCACACAACAAUCACAAGCAUGCCCGUAACAACGUCAACGUGCCUCGUGCUGUCGUCACUGUCAACGAGGUGGUUACUGAGACCGUCUACGUUACUGAGAUGAUCGACGAGACCACCACUGUCUGGAUCACUCCCGGCCAGGAAGCCAAGCCCACUCCUACGUCGGCCGGUACUCCCAACGCACCGGGCAAUUUCUACGAGACUCCCUCUGCUGCUGCUCCUCCUCCUCCCCCUGCUCCUGAGGCUCCCAAGCCUAGUCCUAGCCCCAGCUCCCAAGCUGCUGCUCCUCCAGCUACGACUACCUCAACCUCUGUCUAUGUUGCUCCUCCUCCUGCUGCUGCUCCUUCCACUACCUCUGUUAACGUUCCCACGCCUCACGUUGACGUUGCCCCGCCUCCUCCUGUCAGCAACCCCCAAACCUCAUCUGCUCCCUCUACUGGUGGCGGUGGUCCCGGUUCUGAUACGAUCACGGGCGACUUCACCUGGUACGACAUCGGGAUGGGCUCUUGCGGCGAGGACGACGAGGAUAAGGCCCUGACCGAGUGCAUCGUUGCCGUUUCUCACAUUCGGAUGGGCCAACAGUCCAAUGGCAAUCCCAUGUGCGGCAAGACCAUCUCAAUGAGCGCCAACGGCAAGACUAUCACUGGCACUGUGAAGGACAAAUGCAUGGGCUGCCUGGCCAACGAUAUUGAUGUCAGCAAGGCUUGUUACACGCAGUUCUUCGACCUUGGCGUUGGCCGUACAAAGAUCGAGUGGUGGUUUAAUUAA